AGUGGGGGUGGGGCAGGAUAACUUAGAUAAAUGUGGCAGUACUUGCUUUACAUCUCAUUAUAAACCUGAAGGUUGAGGAAACAGCAGAAGAUAUGAAGUUUAACACAGCUAUUGCCGGAGUCAUACUUCUCAACAUAGCAGGUUCCCUCUGCCAGUCAGAUGUAUGUGGUCAAGCCCCCCUCAACACAAAGAUUAUUGGAGGGGAGGAUGCAGCAGCAGGGUCUUGGCCGUGGCAAGUCAGCAUUCAUAGUGACACGUAUGGAGGCCAUUUCUGUGGUGGGAGUCUAAUCAAUAAAGACUGGGUUUUAUCUGCAGCUCACUGCUUCCAGAAUGUAGGUGCAUCUGACAUAUGGAUGUACUUCGGGCGCUGGAGACAAUCGGGCUCAAACCCUAAUGAGACAUACAGGACAGCAAGUCGAAUUAUCAACCAUCCCAAUUAUGAAGGUGAUGUUACUCAUAACAACGACAUAGCACUGGUCCAGCUCUCCUCCUCUGUGAAUUUCACUGACUAUAUUAAGCCAGUCUGUCUGGCGGCUGCUGGUAGUGCAUUUGCUGGAGGUACAGAGAUCUGGGUGACUGGAUGGGGAGCACAAAAGACUGGAGGCCCGGCUGCUAACAUACUGCAGCAGGUGAUGUUGCCAGUUGUGAACAACAGUGAAUGUAAUAAUGCUUAUGUGGGCAAUCCGAGCAUAACGAGCAAUAUGAUUUGUGCUGGAUUUUUAAAUGUGGGAGGGAAAAGUUCAUGUCAGGGAGACUCUGGAGGUCCAGUGGUCAGGAGGAACGGCUCCCUGUGGAUUCAGUCCGGCAUUGUGAGUUUUGGUCCAGAACAAUGUGAUAAUCCCAAAUAUCCAAGUGUGUACGCCAGAGUUUCUCGGUACCAGGACUGGAUCAAGUCUUACACGGGCAGCAACCCACCUGGAUUUGUUGAAUUCAACUCGAGUGGAUUCAGAAGUUCACUCAACUUCCUUUUAUUGUCCAUUCCUUUCACCUUCUCGCUAUAUCUCUACUCCUAAAGAUUGUUUGAACAGUAAUUCUCAAGGUUCUUUGAUGAAGACGAUAGAUGUGUUGUACAUGCUCUCAUAAAGAGAUAAAAAGAGCAGUUAUAUUGUUAUUUUUGUCAUUUAUUCUUUAUCUUUACAAAUAUGUCUAAAGCUCUGCAUUGUGAUCAGGGAUACUUGUAAAGUAAAGUUGAUUUUAACAGAAUAAAUACAAAAGAAUGAACUGG